AUGGAGCAUAAUGUGGGAUGUGACAAACAAUUUGAUCUUCCUACUAAGAAGAAAGAUGACGUGUGUACAAUUAUGUACACCAGUGGUACAACUGGUGAUCCUAAAGGCGUACUUAUCUCCAACAAGAGCAUCAUUACUCUUAUCUCUGGCAUAGAUCGAUUUCUUCUUGGUGUUAAUGAGCAGUUAACUGAAGAUGAUAUUGAUAUCAAAUUGUUGGUCGAAGACAUUGGGGAGCUAAAGCCAACCGUCUUUUGUGCUGUUCCUCGUGUGCUUGAUCGCAUCUUUACAGGGCUACAAACCAAGAUUUCCACGGGAGGAAAGCUAAAGCAAACAUUAUUUAACCUCUCUUAUAAAUACAAACUUCAUAACAUGGCAAGAGGAAGUAGGCAUGACGAGGCAGCUAGAAUUUGUGAUAGAUUGGUAUUUAACAAGGUAAAAGAUGGACUUGGUGGGAAUGUACGACUCAUCCUAUCUGGAGCAGCUCCUCUAGCAACACAUGUCGAACAAUUUCUAAGAGUGGUGACAUGUGCACAUGUUUUACAAGGAUACGGUCUUACUGAGACGUGUGCUGGGACGUUCGUAUCAUUGCCUAAUGACCUUUCAAUGCUUGGGACAGUGGGUCCACCAGUCGCAAAUGUUGAUGUGCGGUUGGAAUCUGUCCCCGAGAUGAAUUAUGAUGCUCUUUCAGAAGUUCCUCGUGGAGAAAUAUGCAUCAGAGGAGAUACAUUAUUUUCAGGCUACCACAAAAGAGAGGACCUCACGGAAGAGGUUAUGCUAGACGGAUGGUUUCACACAGGUGACAUUGGUGAGUGGCAGCCAGAUGGAAGUAUGAAAAUCAUUGACCGAAAGAAGAACAUUUUUAAACUUUCACAGGGAGAAUAUGUUGCAGUUGAAAAUUUGGAGAACAUAUAUGGCCUUGUUCCUGAUAUUGAUUCAAUAUGGAUAUAUGGAAAUAGUUUUGAGUCUGCUCUUGUCGCCAUAGUCAACCCGAAUAUGCAAGCGCUUGAACAUUGGGCUCAAAUGAAUGGUAUCAGUGGAGAUUUUGCCUCGCUCUGUCAAAAUUCAAUGGCAAAAGAGUACAUUUUGGGCGAACUUACAAAGAUUGGAAAAGAAAAGAAGUUGAAAGGCUUCGAGUUCAUUAAAGCUGUUCACCUCGAUCCAGUUCCAUUUGACAUGGAACGCGACCUGCUUACCCCAACAUACAAAAAGAAGAGGCCACAGCUACUGAAGUAUUACGAGAGUGUCAUCGAUGAUUUAUACAAAAGCUUGAAGUGAAGCAGUGAAUAUUCAACCUGCAGUUUAAAACAUUAGUGUGUGCUUCUUCUUUCACUGGUGUUUCUGUAAGGUUCUUCAGGAAAAAUAUUAAAACCUUUUUUUUUGCAUCAAAAGCCAUAAAUCUAUAAUAAUACAGUUGUUAUAGAAGAUUGCACACAUAAAUAUAUAUCCAUGUAUCAUUCAUUUGCUGUUUCA